AUGGGAUGUAAGGUGCUUGACCACUUCGGCGUUGAUCUUUUUUCUCGUGUUCUUUCUUCUUUCUUUCUUUCUUUCUUUCUUUAUUUAUUUAUUUCUUCUUCUUUCUUUCUUCUCCUUUCUUUCUUUCUUUCUUUCUUCUCCUUUCUUUCUUUCUUUCUUUCUUUUUUCUUUCUUUAUUUCUUUCUUUAUUUAUUUCUUCUCCUUUCUUUCUCGCUUUCUUUCUUUCUUUCUUUCUUUCUUUAUUUAUUUAUUCUCCUUUCUUUCUUUCUUUCUUUCUUUAUUUAUUUAUUUAUUUCUUCUUCUUUCUUUCUUUCUUUCUUUCUUUGCUUUAUAUUUUCUUUCUCUGUUGUUUUUAAUGUUUUUAUCUGUUUUCUUCUUUUAUUCUUUCUUUUUCCUCUUUCUUCCUUGUUUUCUUUCUUUCUUUCCUUCUUUCUUUCCUUUGUAUUUAUUUUUCAUGUAACGUUUUAA